AUGGUCGACGAGCUCCAAGGCCUGGUGGAGUCGUUAGGCCUGCCAAUUGCGCCUGAGGAGCAAGACGAAGCCCUGGAGGCGGACUUCUUGGAAGAUGACCCUAGCCUUGCCAACGCCGCCGACGUCACGGAGUUCGGCACGGGAUACCGCCCGCUGCACUACGCCGCCUACGGCGGGUUUCUCGGCGUUUGCGAGGCGUUGCACGCCGCGGGGGCGCGGCCCCUGGCCGCCGGCGACAACGGAGUGACCGCCCUGUUCCUCGCCGCGCAGGCGGGCAAGGCCGACGUCGUGCGGUUCUUGCUUGGCCUGGGUGCGGACCCGACCGCACGGGAGCGGGAGAGCGGACUCUGCGCCAUGGACGUGGCGAGCGAGUCUGACCCCGAGGUCUUCCGGCAGAUGCAGGAGAAGGGCGGCUUCGAGGUGCCCCCGGCGCCCGAGGUCCCGCCGACGGUGACCCGGGUAGAGCCAACGUCGCUGCAGGUGGCAUACCUACCGUUCCCCGAGGCUAGCGGCCAACUCCCGGUAACUCGCUACAAGGUCAAGGUCGAGCACCCCGGCGAAAGCUCGAACCAGGCGGCCCAAGCACCAGACAUCGCCGAGGCUGCUAACACCAACAACGUAAACAACACCACUAGCACCAGCAACAUCCCGCUCGACGUAGACGGGGUAGAGGGGGCAGAAAACGCGCGCGCGCCCCCCGCAGCCGACCCAGACGCCGGCGGGGACGACAGCAGCUUCGCGAACCCGACGCUGUCGAAGGUGGUGCUGGUCCCCUCGGCGGGAGAAACAAACUCUGCGAGCGAGGGGGGGAGGCAGAAACGAACGCUCGUGGCAGUCAGAGGCUUGAGGCCGGCAACGCGCUACAGGGUGAAGGUUGCAGCGAUUAACGCCCUCGGAUUCGGACCGUACGGCCCACCGUCAGACGCGGUCGUGUUGCCCGAGAAGAUAGAAGGGGAGGGCGAAGGUGAAGGCAGCGGCACGACCAGAGAGAAUGGGUCUUCGGUGGGAGCGGAAAGGGCCAAGAAGGGCAAGGGGAGGCAGGUGCUCGCGAGGGAGAAGCGGCGGAGCAUGGCGGCGCAGGCCGUGCGUCUUCAGGAGCAGCAGCUGCUGGAGGCGAAGGAGAGACAACAGCAGCGCCGACGAGCACAAAGUCAAGGGCAGCCGCAGGGGAGCAGCACGGCCAAGGUCUCCGGCCGGCAACGGCUUGCUGCCACGGUGGGAGGUGACUACUGCGGUCGCCACAACGGCGGCGUAGGCGCCGGGGGCGAUGGCCGCGAACCCCUCCUCACGGAAAGUUCCGAUGUCCCCCACCAUCACCGCUCCCGCUCCCAGCCAAAGCACGGCGGCGCGGGACUCGCCGCGCGAGCGGCGAAAACGACGCCUACGCCGGCGCAACGAGCGGCGGAACCACCACCACCAACGGCGACAGCAGCAGCAACGGCGGUGCCGGCUGUCAAAGCCGGCCACCGAGGAUCGGCGGCCGGCGGGCUUCGCCGGCAAGCUGACGAGAGGUCCCGACGAGGACGGGGGGAAAGACCCGUCACAACAACAACAACAACUGGAGCUGCUGCUGCUGCUGCCAAGCAACGGGAUCGAGAUGACGGCAACGACGGCCCCCCGGGACGCAGAAGGCUGAUCGCCACGGCGCCCCCCCUUGUGGCGGAAACGACGGAGCCCCCCCGGUACCUGGCGGCGACCUCUGCGGGCAGGAUGUCCGCCCGGGCCUACCGCCAGCGGACCGGCGGCGGCGGCGGGGGCGGCGACGGUACCGCCGAGGAGAGGCAUCGGGGGUGUAUCACGGGCAGCAACGCCAGAGAGAAUCGGCCGUUGCGAGGAUCGCCGUCUCCUCGUGUCGAUGACAAGAAGGUGUCCGGUGGGUCAAGUUCGAAGAGGUUCGGCGGCGGCGCCGGCAGCGGCGCCGGUGAGGGGGCGGGAUCGGGGCGGGGGGCGGCGGGGCGGCGACAGCGGCGGCAGCCGGCGGCGGGAGGAGGAGGCCGGGGCGGGUGUUCGUCGUCGGACGUGUCGAUAUCUUCGUGCGGUGACAUGACUAUCUCAAGCGAGGAGCAGGAGGACGAAGAGAUGGCGUACACCGGCUAA